UGCCCACACGGACACACAGGGCUUGGCUUGGACUGGGGUGCGAAGUGCAUGCUCAAGAUCUCAGCCUUCGCUCGCGUGUCUUGGCUGCUUUCGGGUUGGGCUUCUUCCUUACCUUCAUAUCACCGUAGAACACUUGUCCCCUCCUUUACCCGGCUGCUCACCAGGCAGAUGAGCUCGGAAGACUUCGACUUCGGCCCUGCCGACCGCCUCAAAGGCUUUGAGAAACCAACUGUGUGGCAAGAAUUUACCCCCCUGGCAGCACAGAUGCAGGCGGUUAAUCUCGGACAGGGCUUUCCAGACUGGCCCACCCCUGACUUCUGCAAAACGGCGGCCGUGCGCGCCAUCGAGAAGAACCACAACCAAUACUGCCGCUCGGCCGGGCUGCCAGACCUGGCCUCCGCCCUAGCCACCCACUACUCGCCCCUCUUUGGUCGGACCCUCGACCCCGACACCGAGGUGACGGUCUCUGUGGGGGUCUCGGAGGGCCUCUUCGCCGCCAUCCACUCCCUCGUCAACCCCGGCGACGAGGUGAUCCUCAUCGAGCCCGCCUUCGACAUAUACGCCGCGCAGGUAAAAAUGGCGGGCGGGACCUGCGUGUACGUCCCUCUUCGACCCCCAUCCCCCUCCUCUUCGACAUGGAGCCUGGACUGGGGAGAGGUGGCCGCGGCCUUCACCCCCCGCACUCGACUCCUCCUCCUCAACACGCCCCAAAACCCAACGGGGAAAGUCUUCGCCCGAUCCGAGCUGCAAAAGCUCGCGGACCUGGUCCGGGCGCACCCGCGGGCCCUGGUUCUGUCCGACGAAGUGUAUGAGAACCUCACCUAUCCGGGCCACGAGCAUGUGCGCCUCGCCACCCUGCCCGGCAUGUGGGAGCGCACCUUGACCUUGUCCUCGGCGGGAAAGACCUUCUGCGUGACCGGCUGGAAGAUCGGCUGGCUCAUAGGCCCAACGCAUUUGAUCCGGGGGGUCAUGUGCUGCAACCAGUACGUGCAAUUCUCGGUGGCCACGCCCCUGCAAGCGGCAGUGGCUGAGAUGCUUCGGCGGGCCCAAGAACCUUACAUGGAAUUUCCCUCUUACUACGCCUGGCUGCGGGACGAAUACAUGCGAAAACGUACGCUAUUAGUCGACGCGCUUAGAACAGCAGGUCUCGAGCCCAUCGUCCCCGAAGGUGGCUUUUUCAUCAUCGCGGACACGAGCAACAUCCAGGUCCCCCCGCGCUAUCUUGGCGAGAGCACGCCGGCCUCCCCCAAUCCCAUGUCCAGAGAUUGGGCCUUCUGCCGCUAUCUGACUCUGGAAGCAGGCGUGGCCGCUAUACCCCCCUCUGCCUUUUACAAGGAGGAGCACAAACAUUUGGCGAAGAACCAUGCCCGCUUUGCUUUCUGUAAGGCAGACGCGAGCAUCGUGGAGGCCAAGGCGCGCUUUCUGAGAUGGAGGGGGAAGGACGAGGCUGGCGCAGUGGGUCUAGAGAACGGGAAUGGGAAAGAAGAGGCUUGAAGUGGUGGUUGGAUCGGAAGGGAAUGCUUUGGACGAGUGGCGAGAGACGAAUAAAUUCCGCAGGCGCGCCUGUCGCUUGAGGCCCGUGUGCCGUGCGGGUUGUUUGCCUCGAGUUUGGGGUCAUGCAGGCCCAGGAGGCCGCCCUCCCGUGAAAUGUGAUGAAAAAAAUGAUUUGCCGACUGACUGUACAAGAGCUCCCUUUAUGCCAGCCACAAUUCCUGCACCAUUCUUUGUUGUCCUUCUCACUCUAAGCGUUACUUCCCCCUUGCACCACAGGCGCG